CCCCGCGGUGCGAAAUUCCACGACGAGUGACGUCUCAACCCCGCGGUAACUGCUACAUCAUUUUGUUGAGUUUGCGCGGCAGAAUAUCUCACCGCUCAUCUUCACCGCCUUCGCAUCCCGGUUGCCCGGGAUUAUGCCAACUCCUUGUCAUUUGGCCGUGUUGCGAGUGUCAACUAGUGAAAGAGUGCACUUCCCGAUUGCAUCUAUGCGAUAGAAAAUAAAGAAAGAUUCGCUGGCCGAUAUGACUUCUCUCGCCUUGGGGCAUCUGCCCUCGCUGUGGCGGCAGCACUUGCUAUCGGAAUUCGCCGGUUUGAAGCAGGCGUGCCCCGAAGGAGUGUUUGUUAGUUUGACUCCUGGCGAUCCGUCGCUUUGGUCAGCGGUGCUUUUCGUUCGUCAUGGCCCCUAUGCUCCGGCUGUUCUUCGAUUUCAAAUCUUGUUUCCCGAUGCCUACCCCCGGGCUCCGCCUCUGGUUACCUUUUCGACCGACAUCUUCCACCCUCUCAUCACUCCUCUGACAACGCACAUGUAUCCCACGAGUGCUGAAACCGAUGGGAGCACUGCCGAGAGACCAAGGUUACCUCCUGGGGGCUUCAGCUUGGAGCACGGAUUUCCAGAGUGGUUUGGUGGUUCCGCAGCUGGAAGCCGCCACCGUAGUCGUGAUCGAAGGGGCCCAUCGCCAUCAGCAUCGUCUACAAAAUCAGGACAGUCUUCGAGCGACAAGCCACCGAUGGUACCCCCCAAAGACGACGUGCCGCGGUAUAUGCAGACAGAUCAGAAGACGAUAUCGACAUAUUCCCUAUUAAAGUACAUUCGAAGCUCUUUUGAUAAAGCUGAGGUUCUCGAUACUGUACCUCUUGCUGCGGCUGGAAACCCCGGGGCUUGGCAUGCGUGGCGUACACAUAGGCGCAAACAAAGAAAGGCGCUUAACGAGAAUAUCAAGAGCAAUCGGCUAAGCAGGCUAAGUAUCCUAAGUGAUUUACAGCCAAAGGAGAAUGCCAGCGAGCAGGGCGAUGCCAUAGCGUUUGACGCAAGAAGCAUAGCCUCUCAGUCCACCAUGGCCACUAUGGCCAGGGAGCCUGGGGAGUGGAAUUGGGAUGGUGUCUGGGAAGACAGGGUCAAGAAGGGCGUGGCAUCCACCCUGACCGAGUCAGUGUUAUACGGUGCAUCGGGAAUCUCCGACGAUAUGAUUCAUUUUUUGGCGCUGGAGGAGGGAACCAUUGAAGCCGUCAAGGGCAAUCUUCGUCGAACACUGGAUGCCUCGGUAUGACGUCGUCUUCGUAUCGUCUUUUCCCAUCCUUGCGAUUUUUUGUUUUGGCACACAAGUUUUGCAAAUAGCCAGCCAUACACUUUUGUUACUCUCUUCCAACACCUCAUAUUCCGUACAGG